UGUCCCUCCUCCCGUCCCCGCGCUGUUUUCCCUCAGGACUUACACCGGCCCUGGGCUGGGUAGGGAAGAUGGCGGCUUUGAGAGACGCUGAGGAUGAGCGGGGAAGCAGAAGUAUAAAAGAUAAGGCCAAGAUCAGUUUAAGAAAAUAUGAUGUUGGAAACAAAUUCUCCCAUUUGCCACUAGCCAAAGCAUCUGUUCUUAUGCCUCUAAUGGUUAAAGAUGGAAAGCUGUAUGUGCUGUUUACUGUCAGAUCAAUGAAGUUGAGAAGAUCACCAGGGGAAGUGUGCUUUCCAGGAGGUAAAAGUGAGCCAACAGACAGAGAUGAAAUAGCCACUGCCCUCCGGGAAGCCAAGGAAGAAGUGGGACUCUAUCCAGAGCAGGUGGAAGUCAUCUGUAGGCUUGUACCUGGAAUUGAUAAAGUGGGUUCGUUGGUAACACCAGUGGUAGGAUUUAUAGAGGACACAUUCCAGGCCAGACCUAAUCCAGAUGAAGUGAGUGGUGUGUUUUUGGUGCCGCUGGAGUACUUUAUCGAUCCAUUAAAGUACAUGACCGUGCCUUAUAAAAGAGCGAAUGGUGUUGCAAGUUGGCUGCACAGUUUUGUAUAUGAUGACCCUGAGCGUAAAACAUCACUUAGGAUAUGGGGACUCACUGCACACUUUGCUGUAUUUCUUGCUCUUGUAAUUUUUGAAAAGAAACCUACAUUUGACAUUCAGUAUGAUCUUGACAACUUAAUUUCAUCCUCUGAGAAGAAUUUCAUGGAGGAGUAUAUGUCGCUAUACGAGGGAAGAAGCAGCAAACUAUGAGCUUGGGACUGGCACAUAGGUGUAAACAGUUGGUUUAAAUUAUUUUUCAAGCUUUACUAUUUGGUUUUCUGAAUCAGAAAUUGUCCCGUUUUAAUGUCUACAUUGGAUUACAAAAAAUAAAGUGCUGAUAGAUUAAUCAGCCCUAAAUAGACAAA